AGUUAACGCUAUUUUAUCAUUUUACGCAUUAAUAUUUCACAUACUAUAUAUGACGUGAUAUUAAAACUAUCAAACUACGAAAUUUGUAAUUUUAAAUACAUUCAUAUAAACAUUUAUUAAUAAGCAUUUUAACUAAAUUAAUUACUAAAAUAAAUUAAACAAUAUUCUUUAUGAAAUAAUCAUAAAACAUGGUUUAUGUGUUAAAUGAUGGAAGCGUUUUAUGUAGUACUCCAUUAUAUUUAAAAGUAUUUAGAUUUUUCACAGGCAUAAUCUUUAUGAUCAUUAUGUUUUUUAAGACAUUGAUUAAUCCUAAUAUGAAUAAAUAUGGAAAUGAAUAUACAAGAGAUUAUAGACCUGGAUUUGGACCACCACGUCCACCAACUCGUAGAUUGGGAAGACCUAAUACAGGAAAUAUUAUUGAUAUUCCAUUUGGAGGAUGUAGAAGUUGUACUAGAUAAAAAAAAUUAAGAUUUGAAAUAAAGUAAUUAUAAAUUA